AUGCCUGUGAUAUGCCUGGUCAACCCCAAAAUGUCAGUUUGCCGAGACAACCACCGGCGUUUGCUGGCGGAGAAAUUCGAGCUCCGGCGGAACCUUUACAAGGUGCUGUGCAAAGACACGAGCCUCCCCGACGACUUGCGGGAGGAGAACCGCUACAAGCUCUCGAAGCUUCCGCGAAACAACUCCUUCACACGAAUCAGGAACCGCUGCAUCUUCUCCGGCCGAGGCCGCGCCGUCUACGAGACCUUCCGUAUCUCUCGUCUCGUCUUCCGUGCUCUUGCCAACAAGGGCAUGCUCAACGGCGUCAAGAAAGCGUCCCGGUAAAAAACGGUGUGUUUCAUUCUCAGCAAAUAUGAAAAGCUUUUAUUUAUUUUGAUGUUGCGCAGAGUUGUGUGAGUUUUGAUUCAUUAGGCAAUUUACUAGGUAUUUACAUGGGAUCGCAUUCACUGUAGAUUAGGAUGGUAGCUUGCAUUUCAGUCUCUGGAAUCAGCUUAAUGUUGGUUUCGAAGGAAUCGGUCGAGCAAAACCUUUGUUUUCUACUAUUCUUCCACAGUUCUUAUCUGCUACCCCCAACUCCAAUUUUCAAAAGCUUGAACCGUUCAUCUUUUGGUUCUUUUUUAUAUAAUAAACAAGGCGCCAUCAUUUUUACAUAUUACUAUCUCCUUUCUGUGAAUUGUAUUGUGGUUCAUAAACCAGUGUUGAGUGAAAAUCUAAACCUUCGCCCCAGGCUGCCCUAGUGUCGUUAACCUCACCCUCUCUAAUUCAUGCAACAUUUGCCAACAAAUUGUAUGACAA